ACAAACGUGCGCUGUGGCUCGAGCUGUCAGUUUCUCAACAGACGCGAACCGCGACUGACCUAAAACCGUUGCACCGCAGGUCUAGCGGAGGCUUUAUACGUACCUGUUUUUUUGUUAGGUUCCUUCGCCGUUGCCCGCAACUGGUGAUUGUUUAAGGAAUAAAAGUCGUGAAACGUGGGGUUUUUGCUAUUGUGUGUUUUGAAAGUGUCUACCAUACGUUUUGCAAAGCCAAUGGAGUCCAACACCUGAACGGUGGUACAGCUGAAGUGUAUACGUGUGGGGAAGGGCAAACUGCAAGUGACUGCAAGGGGUAAAUCAACAAAACCGUCCAUUCGACGCCUUCGCCACCAGGCGGAGAUUAUAAGUCGAUCGAGCGAGUGAUUCGUGCGAGAAAAUAAGAAAGAGUUUGCACGAUCGCGGGUGAUAGUGUGUGCGUGUGUUUUUGCCUCGGUUGCGGUGUUGUUUCGCGGGUGCAGUGAACGGUGUCACGGGGCCAACGCGGAGAUCCUCCAAGAUGGUGCAAUGCACUCUGAUCUGGGCCGGCAUCGGUGUGAUGAUGGCCGUAUCCGGCGCCCUGCUCGGUUGGGUCGUUUUUCCUCGUGCCGUACAUGAGAAAGUGAUAGAGGCCACAGAGCUACGGCAAGGAACGGAUCAAUACAAGCGAUGGGAGGCACUGCCCCAACCGUUAGAUUUUAAGGUGUACAUAUUUAACGUCACCAAUCCGUACGAAGUUAUGCAAGGACGGCGACCGAAGGUGGUUGAAGUUGGACCAUACGUUUAUUUCCAAUACCGUCAGAAGGAUAAUAUACGGUUUAGCAGGGAUCGUUCCAAGGUACAUUACAGUCAGCAACAGAUGUAUGUCUUCGAUCCCGAAUCAUCCUAUCCACUAACGGAAAAUGAUGAUCUUACUGUGCUGAACAUGCACAUGAACAGCAUUUUACAAAUAAUCGAUAACCAAGCAAAGGAAACGAUCACCAAUUUUCGAUCGGACGUGAAUAAUACACUCGAAAAAAUUCCCGUCGUUAGAGUCAUUAAACGGAUCAUCGAGCGCACCACGCCGAUCCAAUCCAUACUACAAAUUGCUGAAGACGAAACGUACGACAGCUUGCGAUUGAUCAAUGCCGAGCUGAACCGUAUCUUUGGCCGGCCGGAUACGAUGUUCCUGCGGACGACCCCAAAACAGUUCCUGUUCGAUGGUGUACCAUUUUGCGUGAAUGUGAUCGGCAUUGCGAAGGCGAUCUGUAAGGAGAUUGAGAAACGGAACACCAAAACUAUACGCACCAUGCCGGACGGAAGCUUGCGGUUUUCGUUCUUUAGCCAUAAAAACAUGACCGACGAUGGAAUGUUCACGAUCAACACAGGGAUCAAGGAUCCCUCCAGGACGCAAAUGAUUGAACUGUGGAAUGGUCGUACAACGCUGGAUGUGUGGAACAAUCGCAGUAGUGGAUUACCUUCGGCUUGUAACAAAAUCAGGGGUACGGAUGGUUCAGGCUAUCCACCGUUCCGUACCGGUAUUGAAAGGAUGACGAUCUUCAGCACAGAUAUCUGCCGCACGGUUGACAUUAAACUUACCGGAUCAUCAUCGUACGAAGGCAUCCCGGCACUACGGUACGAGAUCGACGGAAACUUCCUGCAUGAAAUUGGACCCGAGUAUGGUAACGAGUGUUACUGUGUAAACAAGAUCCCGAAGUCGAUCGUUAAAAGCAAUGGUUGUCUCUACAAGGGAGCACUCGAUCUUUCCAACUGUUUCGAUGCACCGGUGGUACUGACGCUUCCUCAUAUGCUGGGUGUAGACGAGGAAUAUACAGCACUGAUUGACGGCAUGGACCCUGAGCCGGAACGGCACCAGAUCUUCGUGGACGUGGAACCGUACACCGGGACACCCUUGACCGGUGGGAAAAGGGUACAGUUCAAUAUGUUCCUGCGGCGGAUCGACGCCAUCAAGCUGACCGAUCGGUUACAGCCGACACUGUUUCCGGUCAUCUGGAUCGACGAAGGUAUCGCACUGAACGAGGACAUGGUGAAGCUGAUCGAUGACAGUCUUAUGAAAGUGCUCAGCCUGCUAGACAUUGUGCAGUGGGCACUGAUAGCUGUUGGCCUGCUGCUGGCCGUUCUGAUGCCAAUCGUAUACUUCGUCAAACGGUGCCGGGGCAAUGAUAGCCGAACGGUUAGUCCUGCCGUAACGGCCACGACGAGUGCGGCCAGCCUAUCAAUGGCGACGGGUGUUACCAGCGACCGAAACAAAUGACCUUCGCUGACGAUGCUAAGCCUGGACUGAUGAAUGCUAGCACCACACACACACAACUAGUGGUGCUACUAGCGAUCAACAUUUUAAGGUGCCAAUGAGAUGCGUUGCACGUGUGUAGGGGAACCAGCCUACAGGAUGAAUGGAAUGUGUAUGAAUGAGGAGUAAUGUACGCGUGCGUGAGCGUAAUGUGUUGCAUGUGAAACAAAUCGCGCGCUUCCACCCAAAACUGAGUCAGAAACCGAUGCCGUCCAAUUUAUCGAACGGGUGUAUGUGCUUUAGGUAACAGUCGUGUUUUGAAAUAGCUACCGUCGUUUUUGCUUACGUUUUGCGUACGAUUAUUGUUUUCUGUUUUCUUCUAAUGAAUGUGAUUUAUCGUAAGUACAUUGUAGUAAGCAAAGAAUAAAAAAUAAACUUUUUUCAAUAAAAACAAAGCCAUGAAA